AUGAUGAGAAACGCACAGAUCUUGGGAAAUAACACUGAUGGACGACAUAUUCCACGAGUCCUCACCCUGCCUGGCUUUGAAGUGGACAAAUCUCAGACCAACCGGGAAAAGAACACUCAGAUGAUGAAAAACCCACAAGUCUUGGGGAAAAACACGGGUGGACGAGCUAUUCCAAGUGUCUUCACCCUUUCUGGCGUUGAAGUGGAGAAAGCGCACACCAACAUGGGAAAGAACACUCAGAUGAUGAAAAACCUAAAGGUCUUGGGAAGUAACACUGGUGGACGAGAUAUUCCAGGUGUCCUCACCCAUUCUGGCAUUGAAGUGAACAAUGCACAGACCAGCCAGGAGAAGAAUACUCAGAUGAUGAAAAACCCACAGGUCUUGGGAAAUAACACUGCUGGACAAGAUAUCCCAUGUGUCCUCAUGCUUUCUGGCAUUGACUCCAGUGCAGGAACGAGAACUGAAACAACGAUUUACCCAACUUUAGUGCCAAAUGACAGUAAACAAGAAGAUACUGAUUCAAGGUCUUUCUUCUUCACUCCUGGUUAUGGAUAUCUUGGUGAUCCAAAAAGAAAUGUCAGGAUUCUUAAAGUGCAUUUGAUAAACGCACAAAGGAAGCCGGAACCUAAACACGCAGCCCGAUACUUGGUUCGUGUUUUGUUCUCUAAGGAAGUCCUGAUUCGCAGCACAGUAGGUGACAAUUCCUACCUACCAAACCCUAGUUGCCACCAAUGCCUAGAUCCAAACAAAAUGGCUGCAUUAAGAGAGUAUCUGGCAACAGCUUUUCCCAACCAUGAUUUGCAUGAAUGUGGAAAAGACUGGAAAGCCUGCAUUUCCUAUAUCAAUUCUCUGAUCCGCUAUUUAUGUUCUGAAGCCAAAAAAACACCAGAGAAAACUGUUGUCACCACCAAACGCAGUACACCAGUGUCUGUAGAUUUGAAUGAUAAAAGGGAUGGUAAUGGUGGAGAAGGCAGUUCCCAGUUACCUAAACAAGCAGCUGCCUCAGAAACAAGAGCAAGUGGGAAUUCUCAGCUAAACAGCAGUGCUGUCCCUAAAGUAUUUAAAGAACACUGUACUGGUAAUUCAGCGGUACCUUAUGGAGCACUGAACUAUAUUGGACAUCCAAGUAGAAAUGUACAGGUAUCGUAUUUAGUACUGAAUAUUGCGAAAAAUAAGGCUUGCCCACAGAUGUCAGCCAGAUACCUUAUUAGACACCUGUUUCCAAAGGAAGCCCUGCUAACAAGUAGCAUCUAUGGAAAUCUGUGGCAUGGCCUAUGUGCCCUUAACUCCAAUAGGAUUAACGCUAUUCGAGAGUUUCUCCAAGAUACCUACCCGGCUUGUGAUCUAUCAGAAAAUGGACGUGACUGGAAGUUGUGUGUGACUGCUAUGGAUUGCUAUAUCCAUACUCUUAGAGAGAAUGCAGGAAUUUAA